AAAUCAGGGAUUCCGCUGGUCUCUCUCUCUCUCUCUCUCUUCGGGUGUCGGCACUCGGAAUCUCCGAUCCUUUCUCGCUUUUAACAAGCCUUAGGCGUCGCAUUCACCGCCGGGCGCCCCUCGUGUCGCUCCCCGUCGCAUCCUCGGCGAAAGCUGGGGGCUUGCGGGACUCCUCACUCUCUCUUUCUCUCUCUGAGCUGUCGCUCCCUUGGCCGGAUCCCAGUAAAAGCUCUCGGCCCUUUCCUCCGCCCUCCGCCUCUUGCCUUUAAAUUGAUCCCAUUGCGGAUCUCUGAGGCUCAUACCAACUCUUUCACUCUGGUUCUCUCCUUGCUCCUCCUCUCUUUUCCCUCUUCUUGGGGUGUUUCCUGUGGCCUUCUUCGAGACGGGCAAUGGCGGUGGAUCCGAGACAGGUGCUGGCGGCGUUCUUGACGCUCUCCAUGUUUGCGAUGCUCGGGAAUAUGAUCAAGAAGGACCAUUUCGAUAAUGUGGAGGUGAGUCUUCCCAUGUUAUCGUCGCAGUCAGAUUCUAAAUUUAGUGUAAUGAGAGUUGAAGAUUUGGAGGGGCGCAAACAUUCAAAAGUGAAAGAAGGGCCUUGGAGUGAGAAUGGCCAAGAACUAAAAACUUGUUGGAAUAGACCUGCUAAAAUGGAGGCAGAGCAAACAAAAGGUUUCAUUACAUUCUCUUUGACGGGUGGUCCUGAGUACCAUGUCUCACAGAUUACAGAUGCGGUGGUCAUCGCAAGGUACCUGGGUGCUACACUGGUGCUGCCUGACAUUAGAGGAAGUGAAUUGGGUCAAAAGAAGAAUUUCGAAGACUUGUAUGAUUCAGAUAAAUUCAUGAGGAGCAUGGAUGGUGUGAUAAAGAUAGUUAAGGAGGUCCCUGCUGAGGUGGCAACUGAAAAGCCAGCAGUUGUCAGAGUCCCUAAUAGGGCGUCGGAAGACUUUAUUGCAGCGAAUAUUGAACCAGUAUUCCGAACGAAGAAUUACUUAAGGCUUGCAACUUUCUUCCCUUCCAUAAAUAUGAAAGUGAGGGAAAAGCGGAACGGUGACUUGGAUUCAACUGCUUGCUUAGCAAUGUUUGGUAGCCUUGAACUGAAACCUGAAAUUUAUGAAGUGGCUGAACGAAUGGUGGAGAGGCUGAGAACAAUUAGCCGCAAAUCAGAUGGCCAUUUCCUUGCAGUUGACCUGAGGGUUGAUAUUCUAGAGAAAAAGAGCUGCAAAGAGAGUAGAGACACAGGAAGAAAAAGUUGUUACAGUGCACAGGAGAUUGGAGACUUUUUGAGGAAAAUUGGCUUUGAUGGAGAUACCACUAUUUAUCUGACUCAGACUUGGUGGCAUGAAAGUCUUAAUCCUUUGAAGGAGAUCUUCCCAAAAACCUACACCAAGGAUGAUAUCAUACCUGUAGACAAGAAAGGUGAAUUCCUCCGGUCAGAAAGUUCUGAAUUAGAGAGAGCUCUUGACUUCCACAUUUGCUCCCGCAGCGAUGUGUUUGUGCCUGCAAUUUCUGGCCUGUUCUAUGGAAAUGUUGCUGGGAAGAGAAUAGCUUCUGGGCGGACCCAAAUCCUUGUCCCCUCCCAAGUGCCUGCUUCCUCAGCCCGACCUCCUGAUUUCAUCUCAGGCUAUGUCACCAAGAAGAACCAUCUGGCAUACUCAUGCUAUUGCUAAACGUGUGCUGGAUAAAAUAUAGAAGCCAAAUAAGCCCUACCCCUGUUCGUGGAAUCACCUCUGCCAUCUUGUGUUGAGUUUCAUUUCUCUGUUUCUGCUUUUCCAGUGGUGUAGUGAACCUUCAAAGUGUACUGAAGUAAAUAAUUGAAUAAAGGCAACUUUAUUUAUCAUA